AUGCACCAAUUGCCGCAAUAUCACGGCUUUCUCGUGCGCCGCCCAGUGGAUCGUGGUUUUAUCGUAGAUGUCAAUCUUCAGGUACGUGUGUGGGAACAUGUCUUGCAAUACUUUGGUAUUGCUAAUGAGCAGAAUACGGACCUGUGGCUAACGACCCCCUUCGGCGCACCCAAGGCAGUGGCUGGUGUGUUGCACCACCUGCUCACAGUGAAGUUUCACUUCCGUGCGGUUACCUUCGUUAGCAGCUCUUUUCUUGUACUUCUUUGCUACGAGAGUGCAGCACAUCUAUGGGCAGAGAAGGCUAUAGACAAUAGUGGUGCACAUGGGAAGACUCGCAAAAGAACACGCAGCGAAAAUGUAGUGCAAGCAGGUUGCGGUGCGUUAGUAGAUUUAGGGUUCUCCCACACUACGAUAGUGCCUUAUAUAGGAUAUAAUCCUGUUUACUCUUCAAUAAUCCGUAUUGAUGUCGGCGGCAAAUUACUUACUAACCGUCUAAAGGAACACAUCUCCUUUACGCAAACUAAUCUGACAGAGGAUGGCUGGCUUGUCAAUCACAUCAAAGAGAAGUGUUGUCGAGUUGCUCUGCACCCCCGAGAGGAACUGAGGCAGUGCUGUGAGGCCGCAGCCACAAGAGGAGUAAAGGUGGGUACCGGGUCAGAGGUGAAAACGCAAGGCAGUGGCGUUGUGUACUAUCUCCCCGCGGUCCCUGCCCUUCAUCCUCUGGGCUGCCUCUCGACGGAACUGCCGAGCUCACUCAUUCAGACACAGUGCCAGGAACGUGAUAGUAAUGAAAGUAUUCAAUUACCAUGUCUACGCCUUAAUCAAGAAUGCUUCCUUGUUCCAGAAUUACUUUUCACGCCGUACGACGUUGGCCUCGAUCAGAUGGGUCUUAUUCAGGCACUAACAUCUAUCUGGAGACGCGGAAUACUUCAGCAAAUUCAAAUGAUGAGAAAUAUAGUGAUGUCUAACAUCUUUGUAUUCGGUGGAAUGGGACAAUGCCCAAACCUCAUAGAGCGACUUCGCCGUGAAGUACAAGAGAUACUACCAGAUUCAUAUAUCCCCCAUCCUGCUUCCAUUUGCACCACACUGAUCGGGAAAUCAACACUUAAAACGGAAAUAGAGUUUGCUUCCCUUUUGCCAUUGUGUGGGGCUAAAGUAAUUUUAGAUGGGACCAAUGAUAACAUGAGAAGAUGGCGCCAUAUGGCUCGAAGACGUUCAACGGUAGUAUUUAGUCGCCGUAAAAAAAUCUCAGAAAGCGACAUACAUGCAAAACUUCAAUGCAUUGUUUAG